UUUUUGCUUACUUGAUUGGCCUGCAAAAAGUUGUAAAUACUGCCAUUUCCAGAGUAGUCAAAUCUGAAGAAGUCAUUCCUAAUCCAACAGAUGAUCUCAUUGAUGAUUCAAAGCCAAAAAAAGAUUUUGAAACAAAGGAAGUUUCACAGAAUGUAGCAAAGGCUCCAGAAACCAAGGUCGACAAAAUCAUUGAAAACCUUCGAGAUAUUGUCAAGCGAGGCAAUUACAUGGAACAGUUGGUGGGCAAAGUUUUGCUCAACAUCAUUGACAUAGGUGGACAGCCCGGCUUCAUGGAGAUGCUUCCAUUUUUGAGCAAAGGCCCAGGGAUGUUUCUCGCCUUCUUCCCUCUCGAUAAAGAUGUUGACGAGCUUUAUGAAGUUUCUUACGAACGUGACCAAGACAAAAUCACACCCUACCAAGCAAAGUAUACAAUUCGAGAGACCCUCUCCCAAAUUCUUUCAGCCAUCAGCCAUCACAUCACAAUUGAUUCCUAUCUUGAUUCUAAGAUUGCUGAUAAAGUUGAACAUUUUCGAGACCUCCAGGCUGUCGUGAGUCUAGUGGGCACUUACCAAGACAAGUUGGAAAUUCAAGCUAAGGCAGAAGUCGUUCAGGCAAAGCUCAAGGGGGACUACCCCGGUCUUGACAAAAAUACCCUGAGAGCUGCAAUACAACUGAUUCUGGAGGUGCAGCAAGAAAUCGAAUCGGAGCAGAAGGUGGAGGAGAUCUUUUCCGAAUUAGAGGCAGAGGUUGGCAAGCAGCUUGAAUUGGAAACCUUUUUAAAAGACCUGGUGGAACAUGUAGAGCAAAAAGCAAAAGCAAAAGCUUCCACUAAAAAGCAGCAGACAUCACAAGAGAAUUCCAAAUUGCAAAGCAAAGUGGAAAUUCUCGAGGAAACGAUACCUCCUGAAAUUCAAAAAAAUUUUAAACGGAACACAACCAAAGCUAUUCAACUUUCCCUCCAGAUGAAGCAAUGUAACGAAACCCUCUCCGAGCUAGCAAGUGCAGUUGUUCAACAGUUGAGCACAGAUUCUACCAUUCAAGACGAAACUGAAAAGCGUUUGCAGGCAAAACUCCAAGAAAAGCACGAAGCCAUAUCCACCAUUGCCUCCAAUUUUGAUGAUGUCAUCAGCCACCCAGAUGAUAAACAAUUCUUCUCUGUGGACAACUUUAAUGGCAUAGAUGCUGACAUUGAUCCGAUUCGUGAACACCUUCAAACAGUGUUUGACUCAUUUUUCCGAAAAGCCAAUCUCCCGAUUCGCCCAGCACAGCUCCUUUUUGGCGUCAUUCUGAGAAAAGAGUUUGAAAUUGCGACGAUGGAAGAGUGUAUUCAGAUUGGCAAAGCAUUGCAGAUGGAUGAAGAGGAGGUGAAGUUUACCAUUUGGUAUUUGCAUCAGUGUGUGGGGGCCCUUCUCUACUACCCUGACAUAGAGGACAAGGAGUCUUACUUCAAAAACCGUAUCAUCUGCAGCCCCAAUGUUGUCUUCAACAGCAUCAGUCUCCUGAUCGUCGAAUCUCUUCUAUCUCUACACUCAUCCAAUAAGAAGUCUCGUUUCGCCACCGCUGAGAUCAAGAAGUGGCAAGAACUGGGGCAAUUCUCAAUUUCUACGAUUGAACGAUGCCAUUCUGAGUCAAACGAAACAAAAGUGAAGGAAGGUGAAUUGAUCCCGGUCGACAAGCUUGUAAAGUUGCUUGAGCAUGUCAGUCUCCUUGCACCCAUAGUUGGUAAAGGUCCCCAACCAGUCUACUUCAUGCCAGCUGUCCUCGAGUGUGCCUCAAAGGAAGAGCUUUCAAAUGCUCCAGCCAUCAACUCCAACACACCCUCUCCUAUCAAGAUCACCUUCGAGUCUGGCUAUGUGCCCAUUGGUGUCUUCUGUGCCAUGAUCAGCAAGUUGGUUUCUGAGGGACAAAAAAUGAUUUUGGGGCUGAAAUGGAAUCUGCGAGAAUCUCGUGUCAUGAGAAAUCUGGUCUCUUUUGAAGUUGAUAGUGCCAAACACCACUUCACGCUGGUAGCCCAUGCCGACUGUUACGAAAUUCAAAUCACCAGAAAAUAUGGUUGUGACAUGCAUGAUCUCUGCUCCUAUGUGCUGACUACUGUCCUGUAUGUGAUGAGCGGAAUUAUUAAGAAGAUCGAGCCGAUUAUUGCGUUUGAUUGUCAGUGCCCAAAGCAUCAAAAAUCUGAAAAAACGAGUUUAUGCAAAUUAAUGGAGGGUCACAGUCCUUUCUUUCAGUGUGAGGGCGAUCGUGUUUUUCUGCCGCCACAUCAGGAAUGCUGGUUUGCAAAGGAAGUUGAGUUGAAUGAGGAAGCUGUUCUUGAUGCCCUCCCCUUUGCUAACCCUGGUGUCACAAGUCUCUCCUUCGAGUGGACCAAGAAUAGCAAGAUGGUUGGAGAUAAAUCAGUGCUCACUGUGGACAAAGUGACGAGGGAUCAUUGCGAUGGGUUCUACACUUGUGAAGUAUUCAAGAACAAGCAGCUCUGCUUCAAAGUACACCACUGCUUGAGAUGUAUCAGUGAGGCCACAGCUACAGGUGGUGACAUAACUCUCAAGACUGUCAAAGAUGCUACUUGGGAUGCUCGUGCAAAGUGGUACCACCUGGCCAUUAACUUGGAUGUGGACUUUGGAACUAUUGAUAGUAUACAAGUGUCUCACAACGAUCGUGUGGACGAGUGUUUUGUUGCAAUGCUGGAGGCGUGGUUCAAGAAAGGAUCUCCGAGCUGGUCGGACAUGGUGGAGGCUUUGAGAGGCCGUGGGGUGGAGGGAGGGGCCCUAGCCAACAAUAUCGAGAGGAACUUUAUGAACACUUACUAGCUAGAGUUAGUGAACAAACUUCAUGCAGCAAUUGUUCAAUAAUUGGUGGCCGUUAUUAGAUAUAAUUUAUAAUCAGCUGGAUCAAUAAAUUAAUUAUGACAGCAUGCCGAAUACAAUGUAUACAUAAGAUCUAGC